CCUGCGCAGUUCACGCGUUUUGGCCAAUUGUUUUUGUUGAAGCUUAGCUUGCUGCUAGUAAGUUAAGGCGAGCGGAAAUGGAAGCGACGGGGCCAAGAGUUUGUGUUUUGUUUAUUUUUUUCGUCUCGCUAACUUGCGCGCAGUCGUCGACAAGGCUCCUGAAUACGGAAAACCUACUGAUCAACGUGACAGCAGGGACGUUGGCCGAUACACAACUGCAAGAUUCUAACAAUUUACAGAUCAAUUUAAACAUAUCGGUGGGCGAAGAGCAGGUGUUGGUCAAUGACGUCCCAGUGGAGCUGUUUGGUGUCACCAGGUUCAACUGCCAAGCACUUCUCCUGGACACCAACAAUGGAAGCAGCGAGUUUGAAUCUGGGGACUUGGUGUCGACCGUCACCAGGGUGAUGGUGAGCCAGAACAGGCUCUACAGCGACUCAGAGGAGGUGGUGGCUCUUCAAGUCUUCAGUGAAGUAAUAGAGAUGGAGGGCAAAGAGGUCCAGCAGCCUGACAUGUGUGAGGUGAAAAUACUGUUGAGCCCAGACUUCCAGAAGCUGGCUCAGUUUACCAACAUCUACCCCAUUGGACACAGUGAGAUCUUCAGGGCUCCCAGGGAGAACGACGUGGUCGUCACAGACCCACCAAAUUCUAGAAAAGAUGAAGAGCAGCUGAUCUCCCAGACCACUAGCCAGUACCCCCUGAAGCACACGGAGACCACCCAGGAAGAGACGGCAGCUCCGGGAAAGCUCCCAGAGACUCCCCUGCGCAUGGACCCUGACCUGCUGUACGACGUCAAAUACGAUGAUGAAUUCGACGACAGAGACUCGAGCCAGCCCGAUAACAAUCAGAUGGAAACUCCACCCAAGGAAAUUCUAUCAUCCUACUCUGCCAUGUGUCAGUGGGUCGAACAGGCGAGGGAGCGCCUGCGUCGGUUCUGCUCCGAAUCCCUGCCUCUCUUCUUCCUGGUUAUGUGGGUGGUGGUGAUCGGCGUCGCCGGAUCGGCCGUGAUCGUCAAGAUCUUGGACGUUUUCUUCCCAAGUUGUGAACACAAACACAUCUUUCACCUAAACCCUGUCACUCUGAUGCCAGAGGAUGAGAAGCACAAUCUGCUGGAGGACAUAGAAAUAGAAGCAGAUGAGGAAGAGAAGAAGCCUUAAGCCGAUAAGAGAAGACUUGGCCAGCUCCUUUCAGUUGGUUCUCAUUUGUUAUUUAACCUACUGUUUGACAACUUGCGCAUAGGAACGACAAAAUCAAACUCCCAUCAAGGUCCUUUCAUUAGCUGUGAUGUGAUCAAAACAGUCAGAGCAAAAUCCUGCAUGUUCCUGCUGAAAGUGGGAUGAAAAGCCACUCUGGUCCAGUAGACAGUUCAGCAUAAAGAAUGACAAACUAGGAGGUGACAUUUAGCUAUGCAUGUUACCUCUCGUUUAUUACCUCUUGUAAAAUGUUGAACUUUAACCCAACAUUUAUCAGGGUAUCUUUGACGCACUAUGAAAAUGUGAACGUUAAAACUUCAGAAGUGCAACUAAAAGGACCUUCAUGUGAUACGGUUUUGUCAAGGCUUUCCUUUUCUUCUCCAUCCUUAUUUUGGCAGUUUGUUGUUACCAGUACAUUACAACCCAGGUAAGAAUAGACACAGUCUUAAGGAAGUAACUGACGCACAGUCAGCACUUUGUGUUUAACCAAUGAACCUGAAGAAGCUGAGCGUUUUAUGAGCGGAGUAUUUCCAUUCCCUUAAAACUCUUUGUUUAUGUAGCACUUCUGUACAGGACACUGUUUUUCGCACUAUGAUUUUGCUGCAAUGUGAAACCCCACAACUAAAAAAAAAAAAAAACUCUAAAUGUGCUGCGAUGCAUUCAGUAUUGGCAGGCAGCGUCUGAUGCCGUCUGCCACCGAUAUAUACAACGUGAUGUUAGUUUAAUGAGACAAAGCUAUGCAGAUCACUGUAUCAGCGUGUCUUCUGUCACAAUUUAGAAGCCGUUGGUCUGAACCUCAGCAGUGAAGAAGCACCACUGCUGAGGUUCAUAUGUUGAUUGUCUUUCUUCACGGUGCCUCUGUGACCAUUUGGGGAUCCUAUCACUAAAAGAGGGUUAGAAUGUAUUUUACCUGAGUCCGUUUUGUGUGUGGCUUCCUGUUACUAAUAUUGGAGAAUGUAAGUGACAUUGUUGAUGUCUAUGCACCUGAAACAUUUCAGACAAAUUACUGAUAUAACUGGACUGAAGAAUGACCACGAAGUACAUGUGUAAAUUAUUGCUAAGAUGAUCAUUGUGCACUUGUUUGGAAUCUGAGAGUGAAAGUCGCACAGAGGUGGUUAAUCUCAGAGUAUCCAGUACUCAAGAUAUUUCCAAGCGCACGGACAGGUUAUCUGUCAAAAACACAGCUUUGGUUAAUGCAAAAUUCAGCAUCUACUUGUUUUGUGUGUGUCUGUGUCAUUUCCAUACCUGUUCUGCUUGUUAAAUGACACCCUAAAAGCAUCGCUUGUGCACCUCAGAGCAGAUGUCUCCCCGAGGCUCAUUUAAACACCAGAAUGCAUGAUGUACUGCGUUAGCAAAAAGGUGCAUGUGUAGUCUAGCUAGUGAAUGCAGGUGGAAUGCAGACUGUCAGUAAGUUGUAGGUUAAAACUAGAAAACUGCAUGAAGACUCAAAACAGCACUAGAAACCGUUUCAAAUUCCAAAUUGAUCCACUCGAUGCUGUAGACGACACUACGCGGAUCUCUAAGCUCAAACUAUACAUUAGGCAUGAAUUCACGCGCAUUACUGAGGAAUAAAAACAAAAACUAUGUUUUAAUUUGCUUUGUUCAAACGGUGUCGAGAUCCAUGGAAUAUCUUUUUGACAUCUGUGUGCAGAAAUUGUAUGACUACUACAGCUGGGCUGUGUAUUUGGGUCUAAAAUCAUGCUGCAUUAAAUGCUUUCUUUACAACCAU